CUACAACCAUUGUGAAGCCAGAUCGCGAGUUGGCAAGACGUGCGUGAAACGAGCGCGCAACAAAUUAACGAGAAAUUUCAAUACCGCAAAAAAGCAAAAGCAAAGCAAACCGAAAAGUGCCAACAACAACAAAACGCCACACAAUCAACACUAAUACAGCAACAACAACAACAAGAACAACUUCGACUGCGACUGCGACGCUGCAGGAUUGCGAAGCUAAAAGGAUAGAAAGAGAAGGAACGCGAGGGAGAGAUCACGCCGUCUUGUUUUGUGUGUGCGCUACUUUUGCUACAAGGCUGCUGCUGUAAAAGAGCGAGUGCGAGAGAGCGGAAGCCGAAAACAAAAACAAAUCAGAGAAGAGAAGAAUAUCUUUCGUUGAACAGGAUUUGAAAAUAAAUCAUUCACGCUGGAUUUAGGAUACUACGAGGCUGUCAAAGCAUCACAAUAUGAGCCCGGUGGCUAUUCAACGCUGCAGGCGUCGUCAUCCAGCCGCGGCUCAACGAACAACAUGACGCAGCGCGAUGGCAUUAUCAAAUUUGAGAAUGAGCGCAUCAAGACGCUGCAGGAGGAGCGUUUACACAUCCAAAAGAAGACCUUUACAAAAUGGAUGAAUUCGUUUCUGAUCAAGGCCAAAAUGGAGGUCGAAGACCUAUUCACAGAUCUAGCCGAUGGCAUAAAGCUGCUCAAGCUGCUGGAGAUCAUAUCAUCGGAGAAACUGGGCAAGCCGAACAGCGGACGCAUGCGUGUACAUAAAAUCGAAAAUGUCAACAAGAGUCUGGCAUUCUUGCACACCAAGGUACGCUUGGAGUCCAUUGGUGCUGAGGACAUUGUCGAUGGCAAUCCCAGAUUGAUCUUGGGUCUCAUCUGGACCAUCAUUUUGCGCUUCCAAAUUCAGGAAAUCGUCAUCGAUGUGGAUGAGGAAAACGAGUCGAGCGAGAAACGUUCAGCCAAAGAUGCGUUGCUGUUGUGGUGUCAACGCAAGACACAUGGUUAUCCUGGCGUUAACAUACAGGACUUUACAUCCUCGUGGCGUUCCGGCUUGGGCUUCAAUGCGCUCAUCCAUUCGCAUCGCCCCGAUCUGUUCGAGUACAGCACCAUUGUCAAUUCAAAGAAUUCCAAUUUGGAUAACUUGAAUCAUGCCUUCGAUACGGCUGCCAAUGAAUUGGGCAUACCAAGUUUGCUCGAUGCUGAGGACAUUGAUUCGGCGCGACCGGAUGAGAAGUCGAUCUUGACCUAUGUGGCCUCAUAUUAUCACACCUUUGCCCGCAUGAAGAACGAGCAGAAGAGCGGCAAACGUAUUGCGAAUAUUGUGGGCCAGCUGAUGGAUGCCGAUCGCAAGAAGAUGCACUAUGAACGCUUGACCACAAAUCUGCUCAGCUGGAUCAGACAGAAAACCAUUGAGCUGGAGCAGCGUGAUUUGCCCAACUCACUGGAGGGCAUUCAGCGUGAACUGUUGGCGUUCAAGGAGUAUCGCACCAUCGAGAAGCCACCCAAAUACAAGGAACGCAGCGAAAUUGAAGCUCUUUAUUUCACGAUCAACACGCUGCUCAAGGCGCUCAAUCAGCCGCCGUAUAAUCCCCAGGAUGGCCAGCUGGUCAACGACAUUGAGAAGGCCUGGCAGAUACUCGAGUAUGCCGAGCACAAUCGCGAGGUUGCGCUGCGCGAGGAGCUGUUGCGUCAGGAGAAACUCGAGCAGUUGAACUACAAGUUUGAAAAGAAAUCGGUGCUGCGCGAGGGUUACCUAAAGGAAAUGAUUCAAGUGCUCUCCGAUCCGCGUUAUUUGCGUCAAGUGGAUGCCACGCUGAAGAAGCACGAAGCCAUCUCCGCUGAUAUCUUGGCGCGCGUUGAGCGCUUCAAUGAUCUGACGGCCAUGGCCAAUGAGCUGGAGAAGGAGAAUUAUCAUGGCAAGGAGCGUGUGAAGCGUCGCGAACAGGAAGUGAUGGACAAGUGGCGCAAGCUGCUCGAACUGCUCGAGAAUCAACGCUUGAAUCUGUCGCAAAUGAGUAAUCUGAUGAAUUUGUUGCGUGAAAUUGCCAGCACCACAGAAUCGGUGCGUGAGCUGCAGCAACAAUUUGCCUCCGAGGAUGUUGGCCCUCAUUUGCUGGGUGUCGAGGAGCUGCUGCAGGCGCACUCGCUUCAAGAACUGCAAGUGAACACCUAUGGCGAAACGUUGAAGCGUUUCAAUCGUCAGGCGCUGCCUUACAAGAACUCCGAGCAUAAAGAUGCUGCGCUGUUGGCUCAGCGUCUAGCACAGCUGGAGGAAGCGUAUUCGCAGCUGCUGAAGUUGUCGGCACAGCGUCGUGCUCGUCUCGAAGAGGCGCGUAACUUCCAUCACUUCAUGGAGGACUAUGAUAACGAGGAGGGCUGGCUGGUAGACAAGCAGCGCAUCUGCAAAACGGGCAUCACAGCCAAAGAUUUGCGUGCCGUGCUCUCCCUGCAGCAGAAGCACAAAGCGCUUGAGGACGAGAUCAAAUCGCGCAAACCGAAAUCGUCGCAAAUGUCCGAGGCGGGCAAGCGGCUGAUCGGCGAACAGCAUCCGCGUGCCAGCGAGAUCAAGAGUCGCAUUGACUCCCUAGCCGAGCAUUGGCAAGCGCUUGAAUCCCUGGUGGAGCUGCGUCGUCGCCAACUCGAAGAUGCAGCCGAAGCGUAUCAGUUCUACACGGAUGCCAACGAGGCGGAGUCCUGGCUGAAUGAGAAAAUGGCGCUGGUCAACUCGCGGGACUAUGGCAACGAUGAGCCCUCGGCUCAAGCGCUGCUGCAGCGCCAUCGCGAUCUGCAAGGCGAAUUAAAUGCCUACUCCGGGGAUAUACUCAAUCUGAAUCAGCAGGCGGACAAGCUGAUCAAGGCAGGCAUUUGCACCUUGGAGCUUACCGCAGCAGAACCCGAUUUGCCUGAGGUUGAGCAGGAGGAGUGGGUGAAUGAGACGCGUCUGGUGCCCAAGGAGGUCUGGGAGGAUGAAUGGGUGGAGAAGCUCGAGCACAAGAAGGUAACCGAAACCAAAAUGCUGCCUCAUGUGCGUUCGCUAUUCCCCUUCGAGGGCCAAGGCAUGAAAAUGGACAAGGGUGAGGUGAUGCUGCUCAAGUCGAAGACCAACGACGAUUGGUGGUGUGUGCGCAAGGAUAACGGCCAUGAGGGCUUUGUGCCCGCCAACUAUGUGCGCGAAAUCGAAGCACGUCCCGUUGCCUGCAUUGUACCUAAGGCGGAGAAGGUCAAGAGCCUGCAGAAGGUGAAGAAGACCAUUCUGGUGCGCCAGGUGGUGCCUGUGAAGCGCAUCAAGCCGGUGAGCGUGGCGCCUAAGCCUUUGGUGCAGCGUCGCACCAGCAACCAGAGCAUCAACGAGAAUGCCGACAGUGUGGAGAAGCGUCAGCAACGCAUCAAUGCCACCUACGAUGAACUGCAGGAGAUGGCACAAAAGCGUCAUGCACUGCUCGAAGAUUCCAUUCACCUCUUUGGGUUCUAUCGCGAAUGCGAUGACUUUGAGAAGUGGAUGAAGGAGAAGGAGCGCAUGAUCAAGACCGAUGAUGGCGAUGGUGUUGACAAUGCCAAGCGCAAGUUUGAGAAGUUCAUCACCGAUUUGUCCGCCGCUUCGAAGCGUGUCGAGGAAAUCGACGGCGCCGUCGAUACGUUCCGUCGUCAGGGACACUCUCAGUUGGACAAGAUCAUUGCCCGUCAGCGACAGAUUCAUCAAAUCUGGCAGCGUCUGAAUAAUGCAAAGGCGCAACGUGAAAAGAGUCUGGAGGGUGCCUCGAGUGUGGAGCUCUUCAAUCGCACUUGCGACGAGGCCAAGGUCUGGAUGAGCGAGAAGAUGCUGCAACUGGACACGGCUGUCAUCACACCCGACUUGAAGACAGUGCAAGCGCUGCAACGUCGUCAUCAGAAUCUGGAGCGUGAGCUGGCUCCCGUGGAGGAUAAGGUGAAUCGUGUCACAUAUCUGGGCAACUCUGUGAAGAACGCAUAUCCUGCCGAGCGGGACAAUGUGAAUGCCCGCCAGCAGGAGGUGCAAGACAUGUGGCAGCAGGUGCAACAACGCGGUAGCGAAUUGCGCGCUCGCAUCGAAAGCGAAGUGGGUCAGCAGAUCUUUAACAACAGCGCCAAGACAUUGUUGGCCUGGAUUGAUUCGGUUAAGGAUCAACUGAAUGCCGAUGAGUCGGCUCGUGAUGUGGAAACAGCAAACAAUCUGCUGAAGAAACACAACGAUCUGGGCGAUGACAUCAAGGCGCACGACAAUGAGUUUGUUGAAGUUAUCCAAUUGGGCAAACAGUUGUCUGAUGGCAAACCCAACAUGGCUGAGACUGUGCAGCUGAUCGAACGACUCAAGGCCGAACAGGAUGCCAUUCACCGCGGCUGGGGCGAGAAGCAAAAGUGGCUGCUGCAAUGCGUCGAGCUACAGAUGUUCAAUCGCGAGGCUGAUAAAAUCGAUGCCACCACCAAGAGUCACGAGGCCUUCCUCGAGUACAACAAUCUGGGCUCAUCGCUGGAUGAGGUGGAGGCUAUACUGAAGCGUCAUCUGGACUUUGAAAAGAGUCUCAUGGCUCAGGACAAGAUUCUCAAGGGCUUCUCCGACAAUGCAGACAAGUUGAUUGCUAACGAUCACUACGAUGCCAAGUACAUUGGCGAGCGUCGCAAGCAGGUGCUGGGCAAACGCAAGGCCGUCAGGGAUCGUGCCUUCGAGCGCAAGCGUUUGCUGCAGGCUUCCAAGGACUAUCAUAAGUUUGCCGCCGAGGCUGAUGAUCUGAAAGUUUGGCUGCAGGACAAGACCAAAAUUGCAGGCGAUGAGAGCUACAGGGAUCUGAGCAAUUUGCCGCGCAAGCUACAGAAGCACAAGGCCUUUGAGCGCGAAUUGCGUGCGAACGAAGGCCAAUUGCGCAAUGUGAACAAGGAUGGCGAAGCCUUGAUUCAGGCCGAGAACCGCGUGCCCGAAGUGGAGCACCGUGUGCGCGACUUGAACAAGAAGUGGAAGGAUCUGUUGGCACUGUCCGAGGACAAGGGCCGCAAGCUGGAGCAGGCGGCAUCGCAGCGUGAGCACAAUCGUGCCAUUGAGGAUGCCAAAAAGAAGGUUGAUGAGUUGGAUGGCGCACUCAAGAGCAAGGAUGUGGGCAACGAUUUGCGCAGCUGCAAGGAUCUGAUCAACAAGCAGCAACUGCUUGAAUCCGAGAUUACCAUUUGGGAUCAAAAGGUGGCCGAGCUGGUGUCCACAGGCGAUGACAUGGCACAUGAGGGACACUUUAAUGCCAAGAAUAUUGAGGACGAGACCAAGGAGUUGCAACAGCGCUUCAAGGAUCUACGUGUGCCGACGCAAAGACGUCGCGAGAAGCUCGAAGAGAGUCUCAACUUCCACAAGUUUGUGUUCGAACUCGAUGCAGAGUUCCAAUGGAUCAACGAUCACUUGCCCGCAGCCAAAUCCAAUGAGCUGGGCCAAAAUCUGCAUCAGGCACAAUCGCUGUACAAGAAACACAAGAAACUCGAGGCAGAGAUCAAGGGUCAUCAGCCCAUGAUCAAUAAGGCGCUGCAAGCCGGACAAGCUUUGGUUGCCCAACAGCAUCCCGAGCAGAAGAAUGUGGAGGCGUUGUGCGAUCAACUGGAGCAGGCAUGGCAAGAUCUGGAACUGCAUUGCAAUGAGCGGACGCGCAAACUGGAGAUGUCACUGAAGGCACAACAAUAUCUGUUUGAUGCCGGCGAGAUUGAGUCCUGGUUGGGUGAACGCAACAAUGUGCUGCGAUCCACGGAAUAUGGCCGCGAUCGCGAUUCAGCCGCCAAGUUGCUAACCAAACACAAGACCAUCGAGCUGGAGUUGGACACAUAUUCGAGCAUUGUCACCGAAAUGGGACACACAUGCGCCGCCAUGAUUGCCGCCCAGCAUCCCGAUAGCAAAGUGCUGGCUGCCAAGCAGCAGCUCAUCGAGAAGAUGUUGAAAUCGUUGCAUAAAUUGGCCUCACAGCGACAGAUGCGCCUUAUGGAGAGUCUGUCCAAGCACGAGUACUUCUUGGAGUCAGAUGAGGUGGAGCAAUGGAUAAGGGAACAAGAGCAAACGGCUUCGUCGGAGGAUUACGGUCAGGACUUUGAGCAUUUGCAGUUGCUGCAGAAUAAGUUUGAUGAUCUGAAGCAUCGCGUUGAGGUCGGCGCCGAUCGUGUCGAUCAGUGUGAGCUGCUGGCCAAGAAGCUUAUCGAUUCGGAGAGCACCUAUGCCAAUGAGGUGGAGAAGAGACAGGAACAACUAAGAACGUCUUGGGAAAAUCUCCUGAAGCUGCUGAAUCAACGCGAGCAGAAACUGCACGCCGCUGGCGAAAUUCAUCGUUUCCAUCGCGAUGUUGCCGAGGCUUUGUUCCGCAUUCAAGACAAGAAUGCAGCGCUUUCCUCGGAGCUGGGCAAGGACUUGAACUCUGCGCUCGCCUUGUUGCGUAAACACGAGGGAUUCGAGAACGAUUUAGUUGCUCUUGAAGCACAAUUGCAAGUGCUCGUCGAAGACUCUGUGCGUCUGCAAGCCAAAUAUCCCUCGAAUGCCACUGCAAUUGCCCAACAACAGGACAAAGUGGUUGCCGCCUGGAACGAUCUGAAGGAACGUUCGACGGCGCGCAGCGAUCGCUUGGCUGCUAGCUCCGAUCUGCAGACAUUCCUCACCGAUGUGCGUGACAUUGUCAGCUGGUCGGCUAAUUUGCGUGCUGCACUCCAAGCCGAGGAGCACGUCAGUGAUGCCGCUGGCGCCACAGCAUUGAAAAUACAACACGAUGCCAUCUAUGGGGAAAUCGAAGCACGUGAAGACAAGUUCCGCUAUCUCAAUGAACUAAGCGAUUCCAUGGUCCAAACUGGACACUAUGCGGCAGCUGAUGUCGAGGAGAAGUGCGCAGCCAUGUUGGAUGAGCGCCAGAAGCUGCACGCUGCGUGGAACAAGAAGAAAAUCAUGCUGGAGCAAAAGAUUGAUUUGUUCUGCUUCCUGCGCGAUGCAAAACAGAUUGAUAAUCUGUCCAGCACACAGCAGGCGGCGCUGAGCAGCUCUGACUUUGGUCAGACUGUCGAGGAUGUGCAGAAUCAGAUCAAGAAACAUGACGAAUUCGAGCGUGUGAUCCAAACCCAAGAGGAGAAGGUCGCUUUGCUGCAGGAACAUGGUCGCAAAUUGAUUGAGCAACGUCACUACGAUAGCGCCAACAUACAAACGAUACUUCAAGGAGUGCUCGCACGUCGUCAGAAGGUCAAGGAUCUGUGCGCCGUGCGUCGCUACAAGUUGGAGGAUGCACUGCUCUACGCCAAGUUUGUGCGCGAUUGCGCUGAAGCGGAAUCCUGGAUUAACGAAAAGCAAAAGAAACUGGAAGCAGAUGCCGCCAGCUAUGCUGAGGUUACCAAUCUGGAUGAGAAGAUCAAGAAGCUGCAGAAACACCAAGCCUUCCAAGCCGAGGUCUCUGCCAAUCAAGGACGCAUCAAGGAGAUUCAAGACACGGGCGUUAUACUGCUCAGCAAACAGCACGAAUCAUCACCUGAGAUCAAGCAGGCCAUCGAACGUGUGCUUGCCGCCUGGCAGGGAUUGCUCGAUGAGCUGGAUCAGCGUGGACGCGGUCUCGAAGAGGCACAAGACAUACUCGAGUUCAACAAUCAACUGGACAAGAUCGAGGCCUGGAUACGCGACAAGGAGAUGAUGGUGCAAGCCAGCGACACGGGACGCGAUCUCGAGCAUUGCAAUGCGCUGAUGCGCAAGCUGGAUGAUGUCGAUUCCGAUAUGCGUGUGGAUGAUCAGCGUGUGAAGCACAUCAAUCAGCUGGCUGACAAGUUGAUCAAUCAAGCUCAACUGCCUGCGGAUACGCAGAGCGUGGACAAGCGACGUCGCGAUUUCAAUCACAACUGGCGACAGCUACAAGGAGCACUCAAUGCUUAUCGUGCGCUGCUGGGCGGCGCCAAUGAGAUUCACGUGUUCAAUCGCGAUGUAGACGACACCGCCGAACGCAUUGCCGAGAAGGCGCUGGCCAUGAGCUCAGCUGAUACCGGACGCGAUUUGGCUGCUGUGGAGGCGUUGAUACGUCGUGAAGAGGCGCUGGAGCGUGACAUGUCCGCGGUGAAACAGAAGAUCGAUGAGCAUGAGACAGCAGCAGAGUAUUUGAUACGCAAGUAUCCGGAACGUGGUGCCCAAGUGAUUGAGCGCAAGCUGCAGGAGCUGCACAAGUCCUGGGGCAAUCUGCAGAGUCUCUCCGUGAAGCGACAGAGCGUGUUGAAUGAAGCUUACCUUGUGCACAAGUUCGUGUCGGAUGUGCGUGAGCUGGAGCUGUGGGUCAACGAUAUGGUCAAGAAGAUGAAUGCCACACAGGCGCCAUCGACGAUCAAUGACUGCGAAACCCAACUAGAACUGCAUCAGGAGCGCAAAGUGGAGAUCGAGGGUCGUGAUCAGGCAUUUACCCAACUCAAGCAGCACGGCGAGCAGCUAAGCAGCCAGGCUAAGCAACCGGAAAGCGUUAGACGUUAUCUGAGCGCAUUAGAGGAGCUGCAUCAGACGCUGCACGAAGCGUGGAGCGAGCGUGCACGCGAUCUAACCGAAGCCCAUCAGCUGCAACUGUUCAAGGCGCAGGUGGAGCAAGUGGAGAUCUGGCUGGCCAACAAGGAGGCGUUCCUCAACAACGACGAUCUGGGUGAUUCGUAUACCGCAGUGGAGCGUCUGCUGAAGAAGCACGAUGCAUUCGAAAAGCUGCUGGACGCCACGCAUGUGGAUGAUCUGCAAAAGUUCGCCAACAGCAUACUCGAGGGUGACCCGAAAGAUGCUGAUUUGAUUCGCGAGAAGCUCGCCUAUGUCCUGCGUCGCAAACAGAAGCUGCAGGAGUUGUCCACGGAGCGCAAGCAUCGUUUGAUGCAAUCACUGCAGCUGCAGGAAUUCCUGCGCAGUCUCUACGAGAUCGAUCGCUGGCUGGUGCAAAAACUCCAGGUGGCAUUGGACGAGAACUAUCGCGAGCCAAGCAAUUUGCAGAGCAAGAUCCAGAAGCACACAGCAUUCGAUGCCGAGCUGUUGAGCAAUUCACCGCGAGUCCAAGCCGUCAUUAGCGAAGGUGAACGUUUGAUUCGUGGCGAGCACUUUGCCAGGGAUGAGAUUGCCCAACAGGUGCAGCUGCUCGAAGGCGAUUGGCUCAAGCUGAAGGCCGCCUCCAAGGCGAAGAAGGAGAAACUGCAGCAGGCAUACGAUGCUUUGGCUUUCAAUCGCAGCGUCGAUGAGUUCAACAACUGGAUGGAUGAUGUUGAGGUGCAGCUGUCCAGCGAGGACUAUGGCAAGGAUUUGGCCACUGUUAGCAAUCUGCUUAAGAAACACGAACGUAUCGAGGCCGAUGUGGCGCAUCACAACGAACUGGCCGAUCAACUGAAGGUGAAGGAUGAGCAAUUCUUCCAGCUGGAUCACUUCUUGAAGCACGACAUCCAUGAACGUGCGAUGGCCACCAUUAAGCGCUACAAUACGCUGCACGAACCGAUUGCUAUCCGCCGGGAGAAUCUCGAGGAUUCAUUGAGUUUGCAGCAGUUCUUGCGCGAUGCUGAGGAUGAGUUGCAGUGGCUGGCCGAGAAACAGCUAAUUGCUGGCUCUCAGGAUUUGGGCAGCAGUUUGUUGGCUGUCCAGGGACUGCAGAAGAAGCACAAUGCUCUGGAAGCUGAGCUGACGUCACAGGAGCCGCUGAUUCAGGCGCUGCUGCAGCGUGGCCAGCAAAUGAUACGCGACAAUCACUUUGCCAGCGAGCAGCUGCAAUACAAGUCCGAGUUGCUGCAGAAGCAGCUCGUGCAGCUGCGUGAUCUGGCAGCGAUUCGCAGAUUGCGCCUACUCGACGCCGUGGAGAGUCAACUGUUUUAUGUUGAGGCCAACGAGGCAGAUGCUUGGAUGCGUGAGAAGCGUCCGAUUUUAGCCAGCAGUGACUAUGGACGCGAUGAGAUCUCGGUGCAGGCACAUCAGAAGAAACUCGAGGUGUUGCAGCGUGAAUUGACCGCCUUCAAACCCAGCAUUGAUAAGGUUAAUAAGCUGGCCACGGGACUCGUGGAACGCAAUCACUUUGACAGCGCCAACAUUCAAGAGAAGAAUAGUGCUGUAUCGCAGCAAUAUGCCGAGCUGUUGCGUUUGGCUAAAGACCGUGAACUGCGACUCACCGAGUGCAAGAAACUCUUCGAGUAUCUGCGCGAAACCGAGGAACUGCAUGAGUGGGUUGGCGAUCAAAUGGCUGUCACAGCCAGCGAAGAUUACGGCGAGGAUGUGGAGCACGUAGAGCAAUUGAUGCUGGCAUUCGAAUCGUUUGUGUCCAACUUAAAUGCGAAUGAGGCUCGUGUUGAGGCCUGCCUGGAGCGUGGCGAUCGUCUCAUCCAGGAGAAUAAUCCGUACCGCAGCUCGAUCAAGUCGAAACGCGAUGAGACCAAACAACUGUGGGAUGAGCUCAAGGAUCUGGUGAAUGCACGCCAAGAUGCGCUCGCUGGCGCCAAGCAGGUGCACGUUUACGAUCGUGUGGCCGAUGAGACCAUCUCGCUGAUUAACGAGAAGGAUGCCUCGCUUAUAUCCGAGGAUUACGGCCAGGAUUUGGAGAGCAUUCAAGCGCUGGGACGCAAGCACUCUGUGUUUGAGGGCGAACUGAUUGCCAUCAAGGAGCAGGUCGAUUCGGUGCUUGCCGAGGCCGUUAAGCUGGGUGAAAUUUAUCCCGAUGCCAAGGAGCACAUUGAGGUGAAGCGCGAUGAGACCGUUGAGGCGUGGACAGACCUGAAGGAGAAGACCAAUGCACGCAAGAGCAAACUGAGUCAGGCGGAGCAGUUGCAAUCGUACUUCGAUGAGUAUCGCGAUCUGAUUGCCUGGAUCAACGAGAUGCUGGCCAAGAUUACCGCUCCCGAGUUGGCCAACAGUGUUGCUGGCGCUGAACUAUUGCUUGCCAGCAUCAAGGAUCAUCAUGCUGAGAUACGUGCACGUGACGAAACUUUCGCCAAUUUUACUGCCAACGGACAGCAGUUGAUCAAGGAGAAGCAUUUCCUUGCCCACGAGGUAGAGGACAAGAUCAAGGUGUUGAAGUCGCGGCAUGAGCUGCUUGAGCACACACUGCAGCAGCGUAAGGAAAUCUACGAGCUGAAUCUGGACACACAGCUCUUCCUCAAGGAUGCUGAGAUUCUGGAGCAAUGGAUUAGCAGUCGCGAACCGCAGCUGAAGGAUGCUAAGCUUGGUGACUCGAUACCACAAGUGGAAGAUCUAUUGCGUCGCCACGAGGACUUUGAGAAGACGGUGGCUGCCCAAGAGGAGAAAUUCCAGGCCAUCAAGCGUAUAACGCUGUUGGAGCAACGUUUCCGCAAGCAGCUGGAGCACGAGAAGCUGGCCAAGCUGAAGGAGAAGGAGCGUCUGGAGAAGGAACGUCUCGAGCAGUUGAAGCAAAAGGAACUGCAGCGUUUGAAUGAUGAGCGUCGUCGCGCCGGGAAGCAGCAGGAGCAUCGCAACAAUGCUGCUGCUCAAGAAAAGACGCCGAUCUUCUCGUCACCCAUGGUCACAAUCGGUGGUGGUAAUGGCACCGCCAGCAUGCCUGGCAGUGCCGCCCAAUCGCCAGCCAUCUCGCAGACACAGCUGCGUCCACAGUUCCCCGAUCAGGAUGAGCAAUUGAACCUGCAGAAGAGCAGUUCCAGUGGCAUGUUUGGCGAUCGGUUGCGACGCGGUUCCGCCGAUGCCAAUGUUAAGCGUGCCGAGAGCAUGAAGGUGCAGCCCAAGCAGCCAAAGCGUACGCCAUCGUUCACCACAAGACGUCGCGCCCAAUCCUUCCGCAAGAACCAGAAGGGCGAAGGCUUCGAUUUGCCACCAGUGGAGAUCCAGGGAAUGCUGGAGCGUAAGCACGGUUUGCAAUCCGGUGGCAAGAAGGCGCCAGUACGUUCAUGGAAGCAAUUCCAUACCGUAUUGUGUGGCCAGCUGGUUUGCUUCUUCAAGGACGAGAAUGAUUUCCUGCAGCAAAAGACAGCCACAGCGCCAGUGAACAUUCUGGGCGCCAAGUGCGAGCGUGCCGAUGAUUACACAAAGAAGAAGUACGUGUUCCGGCUGAAGCUGCCUGACGGCUCAGAGUUCUUAUUCGAAGCACCAUCGCUGGACAUCUUGAACGAUUGGGUACGCAAGAUUUCAUUCCACGCUAGUCUGCCGCCAAAUCUACAACUGUUGAGCUACGACGAGUCCAUGAAGCAACAAUCGAGCAGCUCGCCGGACAUUAAGGUGACCAGCAAUGUGGAAUCCCCCGUUAGUUCACGCAACUCCUCACCCGAUUCACAGCGUCGCGCCAGCAGCGGCCAAAGUUUGGAUGCCGCUGGCACAGCCACGCCCCAAAUGGCCUUCCUGCAGCGUCAAAUGCAACAGCAACAACAACAACAGCAGCUGCAACAGCAAAUAUCCUCGCAGCCCAGUUCACCCACAUCGGGCUACGAUCAGAAGCCACCGAUUCCGCCACGCGGAGCGCCUCCUGUUGCCACAAACCGUCAGAGCCAAGAGAAUCUGGUUGUCUUGCGCAAUCGCCAAAGUUCCAGCAAUGAUUUAACCGAUGGACGCCUGCAACAAUCGGCAACGCUGCCUGCACAGAAUGGCAACAGCAGUCGGGAUGACAUUGCAUUGAGACGCAACACGGAGGCCAGACAAUCCGAUAAUCCGCCACCAUUGCCCACAACGAUGCCGCCCUUGGGCAGCAGCGCCAGUAGUCAUCAUCCUCCCACGUCGCAUAAUCAUCAAUCGCCACAUGCGGCGCAGGUGCAACAGCGCAUCAAUGCCUUCAAUGCGGCAGCCAGUCAACAGCAGCAACAACCGGACUACUACAACAACAACAUACUGCGGCAACAGCAGCAACAUCAACACCAACAACAGCAACAACAUUUGGCAUCGCCACAGCGUGUGCCAUCGCUGAACACUGGACGCAUCGAUUCGACGCGCAAGUUCAUCGAGAUGGAGGCGCAUGCGCCUGGCAGCAUUUACGGCAGCAACAGCAACAAUAACAAUGGACACAACAACAGCAGCACCAACAGCAGCACAACGACGACAAAGCGCACCAUUAGCUACUCGAGCAGUGGUGCUAGCAGCAAUGGCAAUGGUAAUAUUACCACAACUACAACCACAACAACAACCACACAACAACAAAUUGCGAGCAGCAGCCGCACGGUUUGGCAUUUAACGAGCUCACCCACAUCAUCGACCAAAUCAUCAUCGGGCUCCGCUGGGGAGCAUAACAAUGCCAUCAGUAAUCCAAGCUACAUGGGUCUACAUCUAAAUAACAAUAACGAUGGAAACGGUGGUUGGGGCAACAGUCGCUUCGAGAGCAAUCGUCCCGUCUCACUGCAGCCGGACUCCAUCAGCUUUACCCGUGUGUCUGCCGAAAGUUCCAGCGAGAGCGAAGCCCAGUCCAUUUCCUCUGUGUCCGGAGUGAAGGGCAGCAAGAGCAAAGAUGAGCGACGCAGCGGCAUGUUCCGCAUCUUUGGUCGCAAGGGUGGCGACAAGGAGAAGGAGAAGGAAAAGGAUAAACGUCGAUCCAGUCAAACGCCGCCACAGUGAAAAACAAAAACAAAACAAAUAAACAAUUUGCAAACAAAUCGUUUCAGCUAAAUUAACAAAAAAUUGAGACAAUUGCAUUAAAAUAAUUGUUUUUGUAUUUUUUAUAUAAAUAUAUAAAUAAAAUAAAUAAUAUAUAUUUAAUUCGUAACCCAACCACACAUUGCGAGCAGUGCAAGCAAGCAAAAGAAAAACUUCGAAAUAAAAAGCGAAAAUUACAAAAAAAAUAAAUAAAUAAAUAAAA